GCCUUUCCUGUGGAUGGCCAAGAGACACCGGAACAAAACCCUGAUCACCCGUGGGAAAACCAGAAAACUCUUUAAAAUAGUCUAGACAUUAUUCCCUCCGUUCAGUUACAAGUCAGGCAGGCUCAGGGCACUGCCCUGUGUUACAUGAGUAUGUAUAUUGAAGAAGGAAUUUCAAGGUAUUUUUUAACACUGUGCAUAAAAACAUAAUUAUAUUGUCCUCAAAGUAGUUUGGUCACAACUGUAACUUCCCAAUGACUGCAUGUUCUCAAGAGUACUCGGCAUUUUUCCAACACAACCUACCUUUCAGACGCAGCCAGGAGACCGCCUGGGUCAUCUGGAGCAGAACAGCAGUCUCCCUCUGUGUUUUCUCCUAACCUGAGUGCUCGGCCUUCCGGACUUGAGAUCUGUGGUUUCCAUCUCAUGGGAGAACCUGCGUGGUACCAGGCCCCACACAUGACUUAAUGAAUAAGGAAAUGCCAGUGCAGAAGAGAACCCAGCAUGACUACUGACCUAUGACUCCUAACAGUAUGACAGAAAAUGGCCUUCCAGCCUGGGACAAGCAGAAGCCCCGUCCAGAGCGAGGACAGGACUGGAAGCUCGUAGGGAUGUCCGAAGCCUGCCUGCACAGGAAGAGCCAUGCGGAGAGGCGCGGUGCACUGAAGAAUGAGCAGACAUCCCCACACCUCAUCCAGGCCACUUGGACGAGCUCGAUAUUCCAUCUGGAUCCGGACGACGUGAAUGAUCAGAGCGUCUCAAGUGCGCAGACCUUCCAGACCGAAGAGAAGAAAUGUAAAGGGUAUAUCCCCAGCUAUUUAGACAAGGACGAGCUGUGUGUAGUGUGUGGGGACAAAGCCACGGGGUACCACUACCGCUGCAUCACCUGUGAAGGCUGCAAGGGUUUCUUUAGAAGAACCAUUCAGAAAAGUCUCCAUCCAUCUUAUUCCUGUAAAUAUGAAGGAAAAUGCGUCAUAGACAAAGUCACUCGCAACCAGUGCCAGGAAUGUCGCUUUAAGAAAUGCAUCUAUGUUGGCAUGGCAACAGACUUGGUGCUGGAUGACAGCAAGAGGCUAGCCAAGCGGAAGCUGAUAGAGGAGAACCGUGAGAAGAGGCGGCGGGAAGAGCUGCAGAAAUCAAUCGGGCACAAGCCAGAGCCCACGGAUGAGGAAUGGGAGCUCAUCAAGACUGUCACCGAGGCCCAUGUGGCCACCAACGCCCAGGGCAGCCACUGGAAGCAGAAGCGGAAAUUUCUGCCGGAAGACAUUGGACAAGCACCCAUCGUGAACGCCCCAGAAGGUGGCAAGGUCGACCUGGAAGCCUUCAGCCAUUUUACAAAAAUCAUCACACCAGCAAUCACCAGAGUGGUGGAUUUUGCCAAAAAGUUGCCCAUGUUUUGUGAGCUGCCAUGCGAAGACCAGAUCAUCCUUCUCAAAGGCUGCUGCAUGGAGAUCAUGUCCCUGCGAGCCGCCGUGCGCUACGACCCAGAGAGCGAGACUCUAACCUUGAACGGGGAAAUGGCAGUGACACGGGGCCAGCUUAAAAAUGGGGGUCUUGGGGUGGUGUCAGAUGCCAUCUUUGACCUGGGCAUGUCUCUGUCAUCUUUCAACCUGGAUGACACGGAAGUUGCCCUGCUUCAGGCCGUCCUGCUGAUGUCUUCAGAUCGACCAGGGCUGGCCUGCGUUGAGAGAAUCGAGAAAUACCAAGACAGUUUCCUGUUGGCCUUUGAACACUAUAUCAAUUACCGAAAGCACCACGUGACACACUUUUGGCCCAAACUCCUGAUGAAGGUGACAGACCUGCGGAUGAUCGGAGCCUGCCACGCCAGCCGCUUCCUCCACAUGAAGGUGGAGUGCCCCACGGAGCUCUUCCCGCCUCUGUUCUUGGAAGUAUUUGAGGACUAAAUGGACUGGACAGGUUCUUGUCAUUCCUGCAUCGCUACUGAGUGUCCUUCCAUUCCACCUCUAGCUCUUUCUGUUGUUGUUUCCUUGUUUUUCCGUGUUGGGUGGGAUCAUCAGGGGGUCGGCGGGUCAUCAAUGGCAUAGACUGGAAUGAAAUUGUCUCUUGAAUGUGGGUCUUUGUAACUGUUGCAUUUUGUUCUCCAGUCCUUAUUGUGAAUGCUUUGGAGGGUUUACAACAGUGGAGGUUGAGUGAGGGACAAUCAUUAAUUUCACCAGCACCAAGCCAUCACCAGCUCCCAUCUGUCCCUGGUCAGAGACUCAAGCAAGCCAAAUGGUAUUGCAGAAGACUAAAGAAGCCUUAAAACCAAGACCACAGUCAUCUUGAUCCAGCUCUGAUGUUUGCAGAGCGAAGCCGGCAGAGCACAGCCCAUCCCAUAGGGUGUGGCUUUCAGCUUGUAAGCAUUAGGAACGAUGCUACUUACUCAGGAGCUCAACAUUUCCAGCAGCACCCUUACUCUCCAAGCAGCGUGACUUAGAAUGUGUGGGAAUAGUCACACCAUAACAAAUCAGCUUUCCUUUCCAUGGCCUUUUGGAACGUUGUGAUUUACUUCACAUUGGACAAGUGUAUGACUUGAAGACAUGCAGGUAUUUGGCUGUCUGCGGCCACAGGGAAAAUCGUUUUCUUGGCAUGCCCACAAAACUUGGAAAGCUUCAUCAAUGUUACAAGCAUAGCUUCCAAAAUGCAAGUGGUAUUACCUCAAGCAGGAAGGUGUCUUCACAGCUUGGAUAGAUUCAUAAGCCAUUCCCACAAAAGCUCAAGCCUGUUUACAGAGUGCUGUCCUUUUUUGUGUGGCCUCUGACCAGUCCUUUCCACAGCUCACAAAGGUCUUUAUCCAGGUUGUCCAUGAUGACAUUUCCCUACGGAUUAGAUCUUCCAAUCAGGGAGAGACGUACAUGUUGAAAUUCUAGGCUUGUUUGGAAAAAUCCCUGGAAAAGAUCAGUGCAGGAACAUUCUGAUUCAAAGCAAAUGCACUACUCAUGGGUAUAGGGUGUACCAUGGCUUGGAGGAUGCUUUUCCCGGUCUUGGAUUCAUAUUCACAAGUGUCUCCCAGCUCCCCACACCCACCCUCCACCUCUCCACCACAUUCUGUGGCACUAAACAGCCUGACUCUCUCUAAACACUAAUUCUUCUGUAUCUUAUGCAUCAUUACGCUGACAAAGAGUACUCAUAAAACAAUUGCAGACCACGCAUAAGAACAUACUGUUACCUUUGCUGUCCAGCCCUACCCACAAUGACCAGCGUAGAGUAGAUGUUCCUGAGAAAGUAGUAGUGGCAACUUCUCUGCAAAUGGGCAAAGAAUGUACCCAUGCAACUGAAUGUAUCCCCCUUCUUCACUGACAGAGCAGAUAUGAACUUAACCCUUUGCCUGCCUUUCACUGCCUUAUCCUGGAAAUUUUGGGGAAAACAAGCCAUAUCAGCAAGAAUUACCUAGAAACAAAGGAAAGAAAGUCACUGUGAAGAGUAAGGACACUCAUUUGCUUUCAUUAGGCUUGGUGGAGCAUUCUUGGCCUCUCUGGAAGUCAAGGCACCUGAGUUCUACUUUGUGCUCUUCAGCCUGAUCGGUUUAGGACCUCAUAGUUUCAAUUUUCUUACUGGGUAAAUAAGUCAGCCUCCUAAAGUCCCUCUUAUUUUCUCUGUUGUAUGACUUUCCUGUAAAGGGCAAAGGGGACCCUUGAAAAAUUCCUUUCAUAUUCAAAUGUGUAGCUUUAUCAGACAAAAAGCAAGUCCCACUCACAAUUAAGGAAUGUAUUUGGCUUUUAUUCAAAAUGAGACUUUGACUCAGAGGAAGGCAGAAUGACAUUGAAAGAGUAGAGGCACAGCAUUGAAAGUCCCCAGACUAGGGAGACUACACACGUGUGCACUAAAGCCCUUACACAGACUUCCCAGGUACAGGAAACGACAAGCGCUGUAGACUUGGUGUAGACAGUAAAGCAGAAGCAAGAAGCCCCAUAGACUCGUGGUAAACAUCUGUCAAGGAUGUGCUUUCCCAGACAGCCUGUAGCUAGCCUCCUCCCUCACAAACUUCAUUAAACAUCUGUUUCCUCUGUCAACUCUCCUGGAGAAGCCCGGACAAGAAAAACAAGCUUGCUGUGUGGCAAGUUCUGAAAGAGGCUGGCAGGUGAGUCCUGCGCAGGCGCACAAACACACGGGACACUAGAGUUCUGAGGAAGUUUCCGGAUUCUGGCUGUUCCCAAAAGACAUCAGACAUCCAGAUUCCAGCGUUAGUGCAGGGUUUGGACCGGGGUCAUGCAGAGUGCUCUAGGGAUUAACCAGCACUGGGAACUAGCCCAAUCUUCGGCCCGCUGGCCGGGCAACCUCAGCUCAUGAUCCUCGCCUGUUAAAGCUGACCUUCAAGGGGCAGACCUGGUCUAGCAAGUGUGUUGAAGGCUGAGCAUUCGUACUGAGUAAGAUAUGCAAGCUUCAGUCUUCUGGCGGGAAGGAACAGGAACGCCAGGAAGUCAGAAUGACUGAAGUCACGCCCUCCUCUGGGAAACUCCAUUUUAUGAAACUAGAUUGUGAGGCAUUGGCUCCCAACUUUUUUCUUUUUAAAAAGCAUUUCUUCUAAUCUUGUCCAGACUUUCAAAUCAAGUGUGGAUGUGAUGGGAAAAAAAAAAAACCUUCUCACCUGCCCCACUGUGGGGGGAAAUUCCAGUCAAGGACAGCAUGCCCAUCCUGCUGGGAUGCUCACUUACAAAUCAUAUGUAUAAAUGAGAGGGCUGUGCACAUGCAACAGACAUGUGUGUGUGUGUGCAUACGUGUGUUUGUUCCCUCGUGCGCACUUUGCACUGCAGUGUCAAAGUGCAGAACUUCCAGAAACUGGAAGAAAAAAAGACCACAACUUUUCUUCUCUAGAUUCUGCUGAAAACACCAUGUGCCGGCUGCCUCUGAGCUUUCUUCUGGUGUGAUAAGCCUCAACCCUCGGUGAUGCGCUUGUGUGUUGGAGCCUCAGCCCAGCGCAUCCCCGCCUGUGGUCCUAGAGCCACAUCCGUCCCAGUGCAAUCUAGGGGGGAGCGAGGCUGGCUCCCCUGGCUGUGCAGUGUCCUUCUCACAUUAACCUGCAGGCUGGGGCCCAUGCCUUGAUCUCCUCACACUCAGCCCUCCCCAACCCAGCCUCAUGACCUGCUGGGCCUCUUCAGAGCAUGUCAUUGUCACUAAGACAUCUUCAUUCUGUGGAACUCAAACCUUAUCCAUGUCAUAUUGACCUUUUGCUGCAUGAGUCAUAAAUUAUGAAAUCAGUCUUAUGGUUUUUGAGAUGUAGCCAGCAUUUUGUAAGGCUAAACCUUUUUCAAGAACUUAAUUUAAGUGAAUAACCAAACCACAGGUCCUCCUCAAAAUGAGAGAUGACAAUUGAAUCUCUUUGCCCUUUCCAAUGGCGAUGGCAUCAGGUCCUAAAAUAAGCUCAUAAUUUCCUGUUAUUUUAAUAAUAUGGAAAUAUUAGCAUAGUGUUUCUUUUGAUAGCGUUAGACUGAUCCAUAUUUAAAUUUUAUAGAGAAGAAAUUUUAUUGUACUGUGAUGUAGAUAUUUAUUAUCCAGGUAAGGAUUUGCCCGGUGUGUAUUUUUUACAAUUGAGACAUUUUACUUUAAUCUUUAAAAAAAGAAAAAAAAGAUAUUAAAAACACACACAUACAAAAAAAAGGCUAGGGAGAAAAAAGGUUUGGCCUUAUCACAGAAUUUUUACUGUGCUGUAUAAAUGUUUGCAAAUGAAAAAUUACACAUUUCUAGUGUGUUUCCAUGUUAAUUAAUGCCGCCUUCAGGAGCAAUAUUUUGCAGGUAAACACUGAUUGUGGCUUUCUGUUGCACAGCUCAAGCUGACCCACCUUAUGCACAAGACAAUCAAAUGUGAGUCUUUCCUCUGAGAAUGCGGACAGUACGCAAGGGAGCACAGCGUUGAGGCAAAGGAAGAGGCUGUGGGCAAGCGAUGUGCUGAUGGGGAGAGACGGUCAGGGCAUGGUGCCACUUCCGGCGGUCGGGGCAUGGUGCCACUUCCGACGGUCGGGGCAUGAUGCCACUUCCGGCGGUCAGGGCAUGGUGCCACUUCCUCCCGUUAGUAGUUCCUUGUGACCUUGGCGCCUUUCACUUGACAUCAUGUAGCCAAAGCAGUUAUCCAUGCUUUCUUCAGAGAAGACGAGUCUCUUUUCCAUAAUGUUUCAUGCCCUGAGAAUCAGGAAAAACAAAUGGUUCAAAAUAGAGAGGUUUACAGUCAGUGGAAGAUUUGUGUUUUGCAAACAAUGUUAAGUGAUAUUGCUAGAUUGGGAAUAUUUUUUUUUCAGACUGAAAUUGUUGAAAUCUGUGAUCAAAAUGUUUUAAACUAUCCAAAAAGUAAAUUUGUAUAUUUGGGAAAAUGGAUUUUUACAUAGCUUUUGUAUGCAGAUAUUAAAUUGUAAUUAUGAAUAUAGUGGGCAUAGAUACUCAUAAGCUUAAAUUCUAAAAAAGAAAAAAAAGAAAAAGCUUACAAUGGAUAUAUUUGCCUGUCUCUUUCUUUAAAUAUUUCUGGAUAGAAAGAAGGGCUGCCUGCUAAUCCCACCUCAGCACUAAGGCAGGGAAGGAAUUCUGAAUACAAGGUACAUCUACUGAGGUGAUCAAGUUCACCUUUUGGGAGCAUGUGGAGGGAGGGGAGAUAUCCAGACAGACAUACUGCCUGAGACUGACUGACAUCAUCAAAUCACCCAGCAGAAACCUAAGGAAGCUCCAUUAAAGCACUCAGCUGGAGUUCUCAAAGCAAAGGAACCUGUGCCUUAGGAUAAGAACAAUUACCAUCAUAAAGAUAGCAGCAUCAAAUCGGGCUUGCACACUGGAAAAACCAGUGGGCAAGUUGAGGUAGUCAAGGAGAGCUUUUGAUUAAACUUUCUCUCCAAAGCUGAACUUCCCACAGCUGAACUUCCCACAGCUGACUCCCGGCUUCUGUUUCCCACUGUGCAUGCUUCUCUGCCACUGGAUGAGUUGUAGCCAAGUCUUUUGAUCUUGAAAGGAUGCCCAGGAGCAAUUUAUCUCCCAGUUGUGUUUAAAGACUCGGGUUUUUAUUUCAACAAUUUGCCCUCCUGUUCAUAAGGACAUGGUAUUUUUACUCUUGGGCUGUCUGUCCUCAGACAAGGAACCUUGGAAGAAUCUUUGAUAUAAGCAUGCUUGGGUCUGAAAGAGGGACUACCCCACAGAACAGGGAAUGGUUCAGUCAAGGAAAAAGUUUUUUCCUGAAUAUUGUCUGACACUUUGUAGAAGUCAGUGGAAAUAUUUUCCCCACGUGAAACAUCACUUAUCUCAAGGCCUUUGGGUAUGAAGAAUACAAUAAAGUGAAGAACAUUGUCUUCUUUCAGGCUGUUAACAACUGUUUUCAUAUUCUUGCACACAAUGAGUUGCCAUGAGGAAGGCAGAUGCAUGAAAAAAGAAACAAAUCUUCAAAAUAACAAAAUCAGACCUUCUUAUGCACACAGAUGGGGAUGACAUGAAAACCACUCAUCAGUGUUACUCCAAGUCCUACAGAAAUGUCACACAUUCCUGUGUGUUCUGUGGUUCUUGUGACUCUACCAGUGGUUAUUCUGAGCCCUGAAGACAUCUCUUAGGUUUCACUUUACUGCCUGCACUAAAGCCAGGCGGGACCUUUGUGAUAAUAAACAUCACAAUGUGAAGUGCCUGCAAUCCCUGAGGAUCAUCACUGGUAAGUGAACUACUAGUUGGUUUUGAGAAAACUCACCUGUUUCCCCCACACUUUGACUAAACAUAGUUCAAUGGUUACUUGCCACUUGAGUGCCCCAUCGGCCACCUAAUGGAUAUGUUGGGGUUUUUGCUCCCCAGCCCCAGAUCUUCACUGUAAUGCUGGGUUGUAAUAAACUGGCCAGCCUUGUAAGAACAAUUACACUGUCCUAGGAAUCAUGCUUCAUCCCUUCAUCCUACCUCUAAUCCUCCAAAGCAAAUAAGAAAGUGAGUUUUCUGGUGAUAGAGUAAUGCAGCCCUGCUGUGGUGAUGUUUGCUGCUUACUUUUCCAAAACUGCUAGCCUACCCCACUGCAAACAAACAAACAAACUUACCACAUAUACCUGAAGAAAGGCUACCUCACCCUCAGUAGACUAGAUCCAUUGCACUCACUGGGGUUAUAGCAUGAAUAGUGAUUUCUCUUUUUGGCACAUAUAUUAUCCCAAUGGUUUCUAGAGUCCUAACCAAAGGGUAGUUAGGUUUUUGUUUGUUUUUUUUGAGACAGUCUCACUGUAUACCGCUGGCUGGUCGUGAAUUCACAGAGAUGUACCUGCUUCUGCCCCUCCCCACCCCAACUGCUGGUAUUAGGGCAUGUACCAUCACACACUAAGGUAUUUGUCUUAUGAGCUUUCAGGAGUCAACUUUUGGGAAAAGCUAUAGAAGAAUUUAUAGCAAUGGAAGUUGAGGGUCAUGAAGGUAUAGAUAUGGAAACAAGAUGGCAGAAACAUCUGACUUUCAAGAGGAGACAACAUGCUAUAUUACUUUCAACUUUAAAUACUAAAAUUUUGGCAAAUGGAUGGUACAGUUAAAUUUCUUGGAAGAGGGAAAUAAAAAAAUGUUGAUAUGCAAUUGUAAAGCCCCAAAAUGAAAGGACUUCAAUAAGAGCACAGAUAUCCCUUGCUUCAUAGGUUUCUGGGGCUGAUCUAUUUAGUUUCAAAGAACUGAGGUUCUUUUUAAUGUUUUUAUUCAUUCCUUAACAAUUUGAUGUAUGCAUGCAAUCUUGAUCAUAUUCCCAGUUUCUCUUCUACUCACUCUACCCCCUACAACAAAUUCCCCCUCACACCUUAAAAUGUCCUGGUCUUUUUGUUAAUAACCCAUGUAAUAGCCCCCCAGACCUUAACACAACUAACACCACAAUGGGAAUACCAGUUAGGCCUUGGAACCCAGCAUAUAUAGGUACCAAAGCCUGUCAAAAAUAGAACAAAGACCUAACUCAUCCAAGUCCAUAUUUCUGGGAAAGUCUCUAAAUGUACUAACCUUGCUUUUUGGCUUAUGUAGUUCUGCUUCUGGCUACCUGUUCUUGCUAGUUGAGGUGUGCAGAACCAGGGUGCGGUUUUUGUAAUUAAAAGCUCAUCCUGAGAAAGGUACUGAGGUCCUGAACACCCAGUGUAGUCACUGACUGUCUAAUAAAGACUUUCUAUUGGCUUA